GUGGAGGGAACGUUUGGCGCUGCGUUGGUCACAUGAUCGAUUAGGGCGGAAACUGACUCAUAGGCCACGCCGAAUCUCCCGCGCAUGCAGCCAUUUGCUUCCUCUCUUCGUUCGACACCGUUGGGUAGGUCUGCCUGUUCAUUCUGCCCUAGGCCUGUCCGCUCUGUCAUUGAGAGCUGCCAUUGUCCAGUAGUUUGCAAACAUGUCGCUUGACGUUAGUACUGCAGCAGCGGUUUUUAAGCUUGUGCUGGUGGGUGAUGGAGGCACCGGUAAAACGACUUUUGUGAAGAGACAUCUCACAGGAGAGUUUGAAAAGAAAUAUGUUGCCACUCUGGGAGUGGAGGUGCACCCACUGGUUUUUCACACCAAUAGAGGAGCCAUCAGGUUUAACGUGUGGGACACAGCUGGUCAGGAGAAGUUUGGAGGUCUUCGAGAUGGUUACUACAUUCAAGCCCAGUGUGCCAUCAUUAUGUUUGACGUCACCUCGAGAGUCACCUACAAGAAUGUCCCCAACUGGCAUCGCGACCUGGUGCGCGUGUGUGAAAAUAUUCCCAUCGUGCUCUGUGGUAACAAGGUCGACAUCAAAGAUAGGAAAGUCAAAGCCAAAAGCAUUGUCUUUCACCGCAAGAAGAAUCUCCAGUAUUAUGACAUUUCUGCCAAGAGUAACUACAACUUUGAGAAGCCUUUCCUGUGGCUAGCAAAGAAAUUAGCUGGUGAUCCUAACAUGGAGUUUGUGGAAAUGCCUGCUCUCGCUCCCCCGGAGGUUGCGAUGGACCCGGCCAUGGCUGCCAAGUAUGAGGAGGAGCUUCAAGCUGCAUCAAAUACAGCACUCCCAGAGGAAGAAGAUGACCUCUAACAUGUUCAAUCUCCUUUCCUCUCCCUCUGUGAAAGUGAAGUUGUUGGAAUUUUCCCCUAUAACUGUAAAACCCUUGAUUUUUGUUUUAUUUUUGAAUUAUUUGUGUCUUAAAACUCAGUUUCAACAAAGCAAGUCUUGGUGGGGAAAGUUGCUGUUCAAUUUCACUGUAUAGUGUUGUUAGCAUGACAUGCUUCUCUUUAUUGAGCACCAUCCACUGCACGUAGCCAGCUUGUAAUGCUGUUGUACGGUGUGUUGGAAAUGCUAAAGAAGGAAAGCUUCAAUAAAACCAUUCUCAAUUCA